AUGCAACGAGGUCGCCAGAGACGCGAAGAGUCGGAAGACUAUGGAGCAGAGGCCAUCUCCAACAACCCUGGCCUGCGCCACCUGACUGUAGGACAUGCUGCGGGUCACAGCCACCCGUCCUCUCACAGCAGUAGUCAAAGCCCCACAACCCCUUCAUUUGAGCUAUCACCCCCGCCACCAGAAGAAAGCAGCAGCGCCGACAAACAGGUCCGCAUAGCCGACGAAGAGCCGAAUCUGGAGCUUGUCAACCGACGUCUGGCAGAGAGAAGAGGAAGAACACGAAACGAAAGUAGAAGCCGCAGCAGAAGCCGCAGAGGAUCACGCAGUGGAGAGCGAGUUCCACGCCAACGGUCGUCGUUACACCUCGGCGAUCUGAACGUCUCCAUGCCUAUUUCGACAGGCUCUUAUGGAUUUAGACCACACUCUCCGUUUUUGACCCCACAGGGUCUCAGUGGAAGAAGUAGACCUGUCAGCAGAUCUGGUAGUCCCACUCGUACACCAGCCUUUACACCGGGACAUUCACGCCACGGAUCGCGCGUCAACAUAAAAACUGUGAACUCCACACCCAACAUGAGUCGUUCUGCCUCUUCAGCCCGAAUCCAGCGGAUCGGAUCGGACUACUUCCAGACAUUAUCCACGCGAAUGAAGCGAAUGGAUCACACAACCGCCCAUACUGAAGACUCGGAGCUUUUGGAGACAUACGGACUGGAAGAACUACGAGAAGGAUACUUUGAUGCCAUCUUCGAGCCGGCAAGAAAAGCGGAGGAAAACGCCAGAAUGGUUGUGCUUCAAAUGAGGGAGAAGGCACAGGCAGAGGCUAACCAGGUAAAGUCGCCUAUUCAGCUAUUCCUGGGCAUGUUCGUGUCCACCUACCACGCCAUUAGAACCACUCUGCUUACCAAGAAUGGUAUCACGGUCCUGAAGGCGUUCUUGGCCUACUUUGUGGGCUUUCUACUUUGCAUUAUUCACCCCACAGCGCGUUGGCUUGGUCCGCACUGCUAUUUUCUGCCAAUAGCCACCAUCCUACACCAUCCAGGACGUCGCACGGGAUCACAGAUCGAAAUCACCGUUCAAUGUAUUGUUGGCCAGGCUCUUGGAAUGGGUAUUGGAGCUCUUGCGCUGUACGUUAGUGACUCCACUACGACGGCAAGAAAAGGACAUGGUGGACUUUUGGCAGUGGCUGUCAUUCCAACUAUUGCCGUUGUUUCUUGGAUGAGAGCCUGCUACAUUCGUCUCUACCACGGGUUCCUGUCAAUGGGUAUUGCUUUGCUUGCCAUGACAGACAUUGAUGUGAGUUCAGACUUCCACUGGCGAAGUGCAUGGGACUUCGGUAUUCCUUAUUUAUUUGGCAUGCUCUUGCCAGUUGUGAUCAACCUUUUGAUCAUCCCCUCGAUUGGUCAAGGUGAUAUGGUCACUUGUAUGGCUGACGCGUUGAGUUGCUGUCGAGACUGUGUGCACAAAAUGAUGGCCACGGAACCUGGUGUCGGUAAAGAAGCCCAAGAUGCUCUCAAUGCUCAGUCCAUCGCUCUGUCUGACAUUCACCGAAACAUGUGCAACGAAAUCAUGUUGACCACUUUCUCCAAGGACAAUGUGCGAAUCGUCCGAAACCUCAUCCAAACCGUCAUCGGUCAUAUUCGAAUUGUUGACUUACCCUGUGAGAUCUUCAGUGUUAACGUUGCUGCCGCUAAGGAGGACGCAGAAGAGGACUACUUCAACCAGCACCCGCAUCACGCUAUUCCCGACAUGGCUCCCAAGAUUUUUGAGCUGUUCCAGGAAGGAGCACGUGAUCUCGUUCUUUCUAUCAUGGAAGCCCUCACUUUGGCGGAAGAGUUCAUCAAGAACAUCCGACAUCCACCGGAGGAGAUUUCUCUCAAGUUUCAGAAGGCCAUGACAAAUCUACAGCACAAGAUGAACCACCUUGAUGCCCAGUAUACCAAGCUUAUUGUGGACCAACAAGAGUUGAACAUAUCUCGACGAGCAGCUAUCAACGCUCUGUUUGUUCAGCGACUGUCUCACUGUGGCCAUGCUGUGUUCAAUCUGCUGCGUCACUUGCAUGGCAUGUCCCUAGAAACACCUCACUGGCGUCUCUCGUUACCCCGAUACCCCUGGAAGCGAGCCCUCACCUGGUCCAAUACCCAAUCUUUGCAUGACCGAGGUGGAAAGACAGCUGGUCAUUACUUUCGUGUCAAAGCCGAAGUUGAAGAGAUCUUCCAUCGAACAUUCAACAUGAAUACUUCUCGUCAUAUUGUCCGAGAAGGAGAGAAGAACCAGAAGCAGCAAAUGUGUGUCAAUGCUGUUGAUCAUUCCGACUUUGAUGCUAAGCAUGGUGACAUUUCGUCUGCUCGUUACAAGCUGUGGAAGAUUCUUCAUAGACUCCAGCGAUUUGAGAGUAAGUUUGCUGUGAAGACUACUAUUGCUGUGACUCUUCUCUCUCUUCCUGGCUGGCUGGAAGGUCAUGACUGGUACCAGCACUACGACGCCUUCUGGGCUCCGAUCCUGGUGCUCAUUUCGCUGCAUCCUCGAGCUGGUGGUAACGCCCAUGAUCUGAUUGUGCGAACUGUGGUUGCUAUUAUUGGUGCUGUGUUUGGUGCCCUUGCCGCUGGAAUCUGGCAGGGUCACAAGGCCAGUCCAUAUAUUAUGGGUGUCUUCUGUGCUGUCUUUAUGAUACCUUGUCUCUACCGUUUCACAGUAUCCAAUCAUCCUCGCUCCGGUCUCAUGGGUUGCUUGUCUUUUACAAUAGUCGCCUUGGGUAUCUACACCGAUAAACUGCAGGGACCUAAGCGAUGGCGAGAUGCAAACCCAGUCACGGGUACCUGGACCCGUGCUCUUGGCAUUCUGAUCGGUCUGUGGUCCGCCAUCCUCAUCUCUUGGAUCUUAUGGCCCUUUGUGGCUCGUACCGAGUCUCGUGUCUUCACUGCCGAUAUGCUGGGUCAUGUUUCGCAGUGUUACCAGAUUGUGGCUGAUCGAUACCUAUACCAUGAUCUCGACGAUGAUCCUACAACGCUGGCCAUUGAGCUCUCUCAGAUUCGAGAGGCACGUAUGAGACAGGGUUUUCAGGCUUAUCGUGAGCUCAUUCUGUCGACCCGCCAUGAGCCUUCUCUCAGAGGUGAUUUCCCUAUCCAGACGUACCUGGCGCUGUUUCAAUCUUGUGAGCAUGUGUUCAACCGUAUUGUCGAGGCGCGUAUCUCAUCGGUAUACUUCCGAAUCUAUGAGUUCGACGAAACCAAGGAGACGACUGCUCACCUGCUUUCUUAUCGACGAGACGCUAUUGCUGCUACCAUCAUGGUCCUGUUCAUCAUUGCAGACUGCUAUAGAGCUCGUAGACCAGUUCCUCGGUACCUCCCGUCCUCCAAAAUGGCUCGUAAGCGACUGUUUCAGACCAUUGCUUCUCUGGAGACCAUUAUGUUGGAUGAGUCUGACAAUGAGACACAUGUUCAGGACCAUGAGAAGGACGCCCAGAAGAUGGCUUCGAUUCUGGCAGGAUCUCGAAAGGUUGGCGAGCAGCCUGUUUUCCAAAACCCCUUUGGAAAAACAGACGAAUCUGGAGAGAAGGAGAAGACUGAGGAUGACGUCUCAUCUCCAUUGGCUGGUCCCCUUCAUGGCGACUCGGUCACUGAACGAAAGAGAAAAUUCUGGACUAUUAUUCACGAGUCUGCUUUUGCGACUGCUUUUACAGACAUUUCGGAAGAGCUCGAGAAGAUCGUCGGCUUUUCCAAAUCUGCUUUGGGCGAGGAGACCUAA